AUGACCAGGGAGAUUAAUAGCAAGGAUGAAGAAAGUCUUUCUCUCUUCAAAAGAAACCUUAGGAAGAUGAUUCUGCUGGAGGAGGAGGGCAGGAGAAGAAGAGAAAGUCUCAACUCCCGGAAGCUAGUUUCUAUAAGGGUUGGAAAGAUUGAAGGGAUAAUGGAAGAACCUGAGAGAAAAUUUGUAGAAGAAAAAAGAAGGGUGUUUGAGGGGCCAAAGAUGGAAUAUGAGCGGGAAGGAAGAGUGAAAGAAAGAAUAAAAGGUUUUGACAAUCAAGGGAAAAGGAUGGAGGAAAGAGAUGCAGAGAGUGUGUGUGCCAAGGGCUUUGUUUGUUUGAAAGAUAAGGAAGACGAAGUGCAGGGAGAGACGCUAGGGGACUGCGGGAUGAAUGGAGACGGCAUCAAUGGUGAAAGGUCGAGAAUUGUUGAGGAAUGUAAAUCUAGCGUUGGGAGAGAGCUUUGUGAAGUUGGACCUGAGUAUAAGGACGAAGGGGUAGAUGAUGAUAGCUUUAAGGAAAUCUCUGUCGAGGACAUUAAAAAGAGUCUUUUGGCGGAGCUAGAAGAGGAAAGGGAAAGCGACAUGGAUGUCAUAAACACUGUGGUGAAGUCUGAGAACCCGAUGCAGUCUGAACAAGAGGUAGUAUAUGUUGAUAAUGUAAAUGCUUCUCCCGAAGUGGAGAAGAAUCCAUAUGGUGCAGGAUGUAAUAUAUAUGCUUAUGACACUCAUUAUAAAAUCUCCGAUCUUUCAAAAGGAAACCUUGGGAUUCUGACGUCCUCCGAUGAAAAGAGCCCUUGUGGCCAGAUAAAUAGUGAGAGCUCUACAAAGGAGGUUGUAGACGGGAGCCUUGAAGCAGGCGCGGUGACGUACCAAGACCCCGAAGAGGAGAAGAAUGAAGGGGGAUGGUUCUCGUCUAUCUUUGGAUCUAUUUUCUCCACAUGCUGUGGUGGGUAG